AUGGCGGGCAAGCGUGUCGCUCAUGGGAGGUCCCUCGCAGCCUCUCAGACGCGUCCAACUUCCCUCGGCAGUAUCAAAAGUGUGCUGCCUUUGCGAACGCCCCAGGAUGAAUCGAGAGUAUGUGUGUUGGAGACUCUCACGGCUGCUACGGCGUCAUUGGACUUGCGGUCUUACAGGGCUGUAGCGCGGCAGUCGGAUGGCGAGGGACCCCUGGGACGAGGGGAUCCUUUGCGCAACUCAGCAACAAACAGCCAAAAGCAGCGGCAGCCGCAAGAAGGCCGCCGGCUGAAUGGGGCUGCCCCUAGAAGCAGCAACAGCAGCCAUCCUGGUGCUGCCCUCUCCUCCACUGUAACGGCCAGCGAGACGCCUCUUGGCGAGGCUCUUAGCGGGUGGGCAGCCACAAGCGCUGGAGCGUCUGCUUCGCGAGUCCAGACGCCUGUUUCCUUGAGAAGCGUGAGAAACAAGGAAGUCUCUCUUUCGCCACCGCGGAAGAAGAUGAACACUCGCGCCAGCAGAUGCCAGAAGGGAGGCACCGCCUUUAGACACCUGUCAGCAUCGGCAGGAUCCACUGUGCGUGCUCACACACAAGCGACUGCAGCUGUGGGCUUGCCAACGACCCCCCAUCACAAGCUGCGUGGGCUGCCACAUCACACUGUACAGCAUCGGGAGUUGGGAAGCAGAAUUGCCGCUGCGGCAACACCUCCUGGAGCUGCUGCAAAGGUCCAUCAACGUCUUCGGCGUCCGCAACUGCGUCAGCAGACGGAGGGCACACAAGAAGCUGUCUGCUCAGCAGAAGCUCCCCAAACAGCCGCACAGCACACCUCGUUCACAGCGUGCCUCCAAGGAGACUUCGAAACGGCAGCACUUGAGCCGACGCCAGCCGCCGCAGAUUCGAGCGCUGCCGCUGCAACAGCAUCAGCCACUUCGGCACCAUCCAAGACGCCCUCCGCGCAGUCCUUUGUCGCAGCAACAUGGGAAGGACCGUUGUACGAGGCAGUCGAAAGGGAGUCGGCAGUAGCAGCACCACCAGCUGCAGCACCGGACGAAAGCGCAGAAGCGGCGUCUGGAGUGCUCACGUGCAGGUCUUGCACAAGGGCUCUGGGCGCUGCCGCUACUGAGGAGACUCCCCGAGCAGCACUGGGAGCGGCGAUGGCUUGCGCGCAAAGUCUUUCAGAGGGGCCUCCUCACUCCCACGGAACGCUGGUGGGGGCGGGGGGUGCUUCCGGCAGGAGGCACUUUGCUUGGGCCUUACUGCCAGAAGGCGUGCAGCUUCUGGUAUGCAGCCUUUUAGACAGUCAAACAAUCGGAGCGCUUGCCGCCGCUGGGAGAGCAGGGCGCGCAGCAGCAGACCACCCCCUCUGCUGGAUGCUGCGUUGCACGCGUCUCCUGGCUCCGUGCUUCUCAGCAACGGCUGCUAGAACGGCAGACCUCCCCCUAGGAGCCCCCCUCAAACAGAGGCUGAGGCUGCGCAGGAAAUGGACGCUCCGCAACCAGCAGCUGCUGUGCGGCAGGGCAGAACCCGCACGAGCGGAAGCUGCGGCAACGAUCGGCGAAACGGCAUUAGCUACACCUCCGGGAGGAAGACCACGCGCAGCGGCCUGCAAGGAUCACGUAGAGGCAGACUCCCCUGCUCGCCUGUGGGAGAGCACCUUCCUCCGCAGGAAAAGCAGUGACAGUAACGGGAGUGCUACCACAAGCAGCGAGAGCGGCAGCGACGAGCGGCGGCCUGUCGUGUCUCAGUGGGAGGCGUGGGCUGCGCACACUCUCAACGACGAAGCCUACGGAUUUGACUACCGUCGGCUUCUUUUGGAUCGCAACGGAUGGAAGCCUCGGUCUGGAUCUGCGCCAUCAUGGAGGCGCAUCAAGCGCGAAGCAAACCCAGCGCAUGUCAAUACGAUGGAUGCCAGGUAG